AUGGCCAUCCAAAUCCUAUCCGACCUCCAUUUGGAGACACCGGCGGCUUACGAUCUAUUCGAAAUACCCCCUAAGGCACCUUAUCUCGCUCUCCUUGGAGAUAUCGGUAACGUCAGAGACGACGGCCUCUUCGCCUUCCUCGAAGCACAACUGCGCAAAUUCCAGGUCGUCUUUUUCCUACUGGGCAACCAUGAACCGUAUCACUCCAACUGGCCGACCGUGCGGACCAAAGUACAAGAAUUUUCAGACGCGAUCACCAAGCGAAGACAAUCCGAAAAUUUCGGAGAAUUUGUCUUUCUAGACCAGACGCGGUACGAUCUCUCACCCGAUGUCACCGUUCUCGGCUGCACACUCUAUUCCCAAAUCACCAAAGCCCAAGAACAACGCGUGAGCUUCGGCCUCAACGACUUCUACCAGAUCGAAGACUGGACUGUUGAGGACCACUCUGCCGCCCAUCAAACGGACCUAGCAUGGCUCAACCAGCAGGUCUCUGAGAUUGUCCGAACAGAACCCCACCGCAAAACUGUGGUGUUCACCCAUCAUAGUCCAAUUGCUCGCGAUUCGCGUGCCGCUGAUCCUGCCCAUGAGAACAGUCCCAUCUCGUCUGCCUUUGCGACUGAUUUGACCGACGCAGAGUGUUGGAAGGCUGAGCAGGUGUGUGUCUGGGCAUUUGGCCACACGCACUAUAACUGCGAUUUUGUGGAGGAGCGGACAGGGACGAGGGUGGUUGCGAAUCAGCGGGGUUACUAUUUUUCGCAGGCGAAGGAGUUCAAUCUGGAUCUACUUCCCUGCCCCUCCGCUAUUAUGGCUUCCAUUUCCCGUGCAUUGCGGCCCUUGUCCCGCGCUACUUCUUCGAGACUCGCAGUUAGAAGACCAGCUUCUUUCCGGCCAGUUCAGAGCUAUGCAUUCUCUACCACCCCUCGCCGGCGGGACGCUGACCUCUCCCACCUGACGCCUACCCCGAUCUCCCACCUCUCCGAGACCGAAUCCCUCAUGCAAGACACAGUAUCCAAGUUUGCUCAAGAACAAAUUGGCCCCAAGGUCCGCGAUAUGGACGAAGCAGAGUCCAUGGACCACGCCAUCGUCGAGCAGCUCUUCGAACAGGGAGUGAUGGCUAUUGAAGUCCCCGAAGAAUUCGGCGGAGCUGGCAUGAACUUCACCGCUGCGAUUGUGGCUAUUGAGGAGCUGGCCCGGGUUGAUCCCAGUGUCAGUGUGUUGGCCGACGUGCACAACACGCUCGUCAACACCGCUAUCAUGAGAUACGGUAGCAGUCAAUUGCAGAAGGAGUUCCUGCCCAAGUUGGCCACAGGGUCUGUGGGCUCGUUCUGUCUUUCAGAACCUAGCUCCGGAUCCGAUGCGUUCGCGUUGCAGACCAAGGCCGAGAAGACGGCGGAUGGGUACAAGUUGAACGGCUCGAAGAUGUGGAUUACCAACGCUCAGGAAGCUGGUGUGUUUAUUGUCUUUGCCAACUUGGAUCCUAGCAAGGGCUACAAGGGUAUCACUUCUUUCAUUGUUGAGAAGGGGACUCCCGGGUUCUCGAUUGCUAAGAAGGAGAAGAAGCUUGGUAUUCGGGCCUCGAGCACCUGUGUGCUCAACUUCGAUGACGUCGUCAUCCCUAAGAGCAACCUGCUCGGUGAAGAGGGUCAGGGUUACAAGUAUGCCAUUGGCGUCCUCAACGAGGGCCGUAUUGGUAUCGCCGCUCAGAUGACUGGUCUUGCUCUCGGUGCCUGGGAGAAUGCCGCCAACUACGUCUGGAACGAUCGCCGUCAGUUCGGCCAGCUCAUUGGUGAUUUCCAAGGCAUGCAGCACCAGCUCGCCCAGGCCUACACCGAGAUCACCGCUGCCCGCGCCCUGGUCUAUAACGCCGCCCGCAAGAAGGAAGCCGGCCAAGACUUCGUCCAGGACGCCGCCAUGGCCAAGCUGUACGCUUCUCAGGUUGCCGGCCGUGUCUCCGGCUCUGCCGUCGAGUGGAUGGGCGGCAUGGGCUUCGUCCGUGAGGGUAUUGCUGAAAAGAUGUUCCGGGACAGUAAGAUUGGUGCUAUCUACGAGGGUACGAGUAACAUUCAGCUGCAGACCAUUGCGAAGCUCUUGCAGAAGCAAUAUACGCAAUGAUUGAGAUGAUCUGUUCAUCGAUGAUUUUCCGGUUUAUCACUAUCUUUUUUUUCCUUUAUUUUCUUGGGUAUACAUGGCGUAUCAUGAGGGGUGGACUGUUCACUUUUCAUUUUUCAUUUUUUUUUUUUUUUCCUUUUUUGUUAUGUAUAUCUUUUAGCUUUGUGGAGCAUCAUUUAUGAUAAUCAUUGUAUGAUAGAUCAUAUCAACAAUCGUGCAUACCUUGGAUCUCGGGCAAUUUUUCUUUCCCUCCUUUUUUCGAG